GCUCAUUUCCUUCCAGCUGGGCACAUGUGACUGUGUCCUGGAUUACACACAGCUUUCAUGUCCCUGCCCCUGAGAGAGAGAGAGAGAGAGAGAGAGAGAGCGAGUGUGCACACGUGUGCACUGGUGUUUACUGGAAGAAAUUUGCCUCCUAACUUUGUUCCCCCUACUUUCUUCCUCCCUCUCUCUCUUCCCUGUGAGCAAAUCCGUCCAGGGUUUUCUCUCCCAGACCCGCUCACGCCAGUGCCACGCGUUCCUUCCUUCACAUCCUCUGCUCUGUCGUUCCUUUUUUUCCCUUUUAUCACUCCUCAUCUCUCCUCAAGCGUCUGUCCUCGCAGCACCGGUAGUCUCAGUUCUCGCGAGGGAAGCGACCGGUGUUCGGUUUCUUCCACAAUGGAAACUCAAUCUGGAAGCAGAGGCGAGGAGCUGAAAGCACAGGGACACACACGGGCUGCUGACGCCAAAGAGGACCUGCAGGAGAGCAGGCGCAUCGAGAGGUUCGACAUCCCUCUCACCAACCUGAAGAGCAUGUUUGAGAAACCGACGACGCAGAGCGCGGAAGCGAAGGGCUCGUCCUCAACGGCUUGCAAGGUAACAGAGCAAAGGAGCAAAGGAAUGCCGGAGAACCAGACGUCCAAUCAGAGCGAAGAGAUGAGUGACUCUCUAGACAGCGUAGGAGUUUCAGUAGGAGACCCUGAAGGUGAAGUUGAGACCAUCCCUCUGAAAGAACGACUGGCCUUGUACCAGGCUGCCAUCAGCAAGGAGGAGAAAAGCCCUGCUAGUGUGGUCAUGGAAGACUCUGAAGCAUGCUCUCUGCCAGGUGGACUGGCCAGCGUGAAGAAACAGUUUGAGACUCAGAAAGUCAGUUCCUCGUCCUCGUCUCAAAGCACCGUGACACAGUACCACUACCAGCAAAAACAGGAGGUGAUGAGCUCAUCUGAAACGAGUGUGAGGAGUAGUGUGAAAGAGAGUCACAAUGUCAAGGUGGCACAGGAUCAGCAAAUUCAGCAGAAUGUAGCAUCUAGCUUUGGGAACCAUUUUGAUGAAAAAGUGGUGAUGAUUGGAGAUCAGGAGCUACCUAAAAUCUCUACCCAAGCACUAAAACAGCAGCAUGAAAAAACCAUUGAGGAAGCCACUCCAAACAAGCACAUCAAGAUUGAUCUUGAUUACAACCAGUUUCAGUGGGCUCCAGUAAACGUGUCAUCCAAAGUUACAACAGGAGGUAAUUAUGAGUCUGUUACCAAAACUACGAAGACGACGUCCUCUAGCUGUGCCUCUUCAUCUGCCCAUUAUGAAACUACAGAGCAAUUUCCUCCACCACCACCAAACACUGACCUUCUUCAGGCCCCUAUAGAAGGCCAAGGCUACUGUACUUCUCCCCAGCCACCUGAUCAACAUGUUCCGCAAAAAUAUCCAGUCAGCAAGGAGCAGUAUUCCAAGCAGAGGAACCUCUAUGAGCUGAAACGCUUGUAUAAGCAUAUCCAUCCAGAAGUGCGCAAAAACCUGGAGCGGGACUUCAUUACUGAAAUGGAGCACUCUCACAUGGACAGUGAUGAGGAGGUUAGCGGCGACGUGCAACAAGCACGCUACGUUUUCGAGAACAACGGAAGCAGUCCUGGGAAAUGUAUGAGCCCGGAAAGAGAGUAUCUGGAAUGGGAUGAGAUUCUGAAAGGUGAGGUGCAAUCUAUGCGCUGGAUGUUUGAGAACAAGCCACUUGACACCAUCAAAGAUGACACACCAGAUGAGAAUGAAAGCAGAAACAUUGCGCAGCAGGAAAUCAUUGCCGGAAAAGAUGUGAAAUAUACAACUUGGAUGUUUGAAACACAACCUAUUGAUGCUCUAGGUACAGAAACCCCUGACUCAGAAGAGUAUAGCAGAAAACUAACAGAUCUAGCAAGAGGAGAUGUGCGAACUGCAACCUGGUUGUUUGAGACGCAGCCUCUAGACUCUAUGAAUAAAAUUUACCAAGAGGAUGAUGAAGAGGAGCAUUUGGUGUACACCAAAGACAUUGCCGGAGGAGAUGUAAAAACUGCCAGAUACUUGUUUGAGACUCAACAUCUGGAUUCCCUUGGCCACACCGAGACAAUUGACGAGUUACACUUCUUACAACUGAAGUCAGAGCUGGAAGAGAUUAAAGGUGAAGUCAAAACUACAACAAAAAUGUUUGAGACGCAACCUAUGUGUGUCAUUCGUGGAGAUUCUGGUGAGAUGUUGCAGAUUACCACUGUGCGACGUGAAGAAACUGAAAAAGGUGAUGUAAAAACAUCCCGCUGGCUUUUUGAAACCCAGCCCCUGGAUAUGAUUAACAAAGACCCAACUCAAGUUAAGAUCAUUUGUGGAGUGUCCAUGGAAGAAAACUAUCAGGGUGGGGUGAAUCGGGGCAGGUGGCUUUUUGAGACAAAGACCUUGGAUCAAAUCAAAGAUGAAGAAUUGGAAAAUACCAAAACUCAAAAGGAAGAGAUAAUCGGAGCAGAUGUUAGAAGACACUGCAUGGUCUUCGAGACACAGCCCAUGGAUACUUUAAAAGAUAAUACUAACGCCAGGCCAUCUGAACAAGAGGAGAUCCUUGGGGGUGAUGUAACAUCAGCAAGACAUUUAUUUGAGACGGUGCCAAUGGAAAAUCUGAAGGAAUUGCCUGAAGUUGGAAAACUACAAAAAGUCGUUGCAUUGGAGGAGGAGAAAGGUGAUGUGAGGCAUCAGAAGUGGUUGUUUGAGAGUAAGCCUCUCGAGCAAAUUAGGGAAGACAAAAAAGAAAUCACACGGACGGUUAAUCUUCAGGAGUUAGACAAGGGUGAUGUCAUCAACUACAAGGAGAUAUUUGAGACCAUGGAUCUAAGCAAGUGCACGGAUACAUGUAAGAUAGCAGUGGAAGGUGUCACAAGUGGAUCGGUGAAAUCAAACAAAGUACUCUUCGAAUCCACGCCCUUGUACGCCAUUCAGGACAGCUCAGGACAAUACCAUGAAGUCAAAACUGUCCGACGUGAAGAAAUCGUCAAGGGUGAUGUACGAAGCUGCAAAUGGAUGUUCGAGACUCGUCCAAUCGACCAGUUUGAUGACAGUUUAAACAAAUUCCAGAUCAUCAAGGGAAUUUCUAAAGAGGAGAUUGAAUCAGGUGAUGUCAAAACAGCCAAAUGGUUGUUCGAAACUCAGCCUCUUGAUGGGAUCAAAUAUUUCACUAAUAUGGAGGAAGAGGACAACAGAAAGAACCAGGCCACUGAGAUCCAAAAGGGCGACGUCAAGACUUGCCGAUGGCUGUUUGAGACCCAGCCGAUGGAUGAGCUGUACGAAAAAGCUGAGGUAAAAACAGAGGACACCACAGAGAUCCAGAAAGGUGACGUCAAAACCUGUACCUGGCUUUUUGAGACUCAAACCCUGGACAGUAUCAAAGAUGAAUCUGAGAAUAUUUUAACUUGUACUGUCAAACAAGAGGAUGUGCAAGGCAAGGAUGUACGUCUGGCCCGCUUUCUCUUUGAAACAGAAAACUUGGAGAAUAUCAGAGGCGGUGAGGAUCAGAGUAACUUUAAACGAGUCACACAGAUCGAUGUCCAGUCUGGAGAUGUAUCGAGGAUGAAGUAUAUAUUUGAGACCCAGGCACCUGACAUCAGGACCUCCACUUCAGAGGAGACCAUGCAGAAACUAAAGUCUCAUCAAACCGAGGAUAUCCAGAAAGGAAAUGUUAUCAACUGCACUUGGAUGUUUGAGAAUCAACCAAUUGAUUCCAUCAAGGAGAACUCUGAAGAAUCCAAAGAAGUGCGUACAGUGACAGAUGUUCAAGGAGGGAAUGUUAACAGAGGUCGUUUUAUUUUUGAAACGUAUUCCCUGGAUAAGAUUCAAGAGGAUUCUUCAGAGACAGAGCUCAACAAACUUCAGAGCAUCAUGCGAGAGGAGAUUGAAAGAGGAGACGUGAAAAACUACACCAUGAUGUUUGAGACCCAACCAUUGUAUGCUAUUCGAGACAAAGAAGGACACUUUCACGAAGUUACUACAGUCACCAAAGAGGAAAUUCUGAGAGGUGACGUCAUCGGAGCAAGAUGGUUGUUUGAGACAAAGCCACUAGACUCAAUAAGAGACACAGAUGAAGUUUAUCUCAUCAAAGCCGUUACUGAGGAAGACAUACAGAAAGGCGAUGUUAGCACAGCAAGGUGGAGGUUUGAAACACAACCCCUCGAUGAAAUUACUGACGAUAUGAAGGUUACUCUAAAGACGGUUGCAGAUAUUCAGGGUGGAGAUGUCAAAACAAACACUCAGCGCUUUGAAAACGAUGACAUGUCUCAGAAAUAUGUGAGAACUGUUAGUGUGAGUGAAAUACAAAAAGGUGACGUGAGAAGUGCCACGUGGAUGUUCGAAACACGUACAAUUGACAAGAUCCAUGGCGAGGGUUCUGAAUACAAUGACAUGGAUAAAGUGACAAAAGAGGAAGUGCUGAAAGGUGAUGUCAAACAGUCACUGUGGCUUUUUGAAAAAGAACCAUUGGAUCGCAUCAAGGACAGCGACGGGACAGAAAUUGUGAUUUCUCGUGAGGAAAUUCCCAAAGCUGAUGUCAAGACAACAACAUGGCUUUUCGAAAGUACUCCGCUGACUGAGUUUAAUGAGACCAACGUGGAGAGGACAGAGAUCAUCGGCAAAAGUGUCAAGGAGACAUUAGAGGAACUUUACAGUCAGAAAAUGGUUGGCUCCCAGGGGAUAAUUAUAGAAGCAGAUGAGAUUGGUGAUGUUAGGAUGGCAAAGUACAAACUGCUGAAUCAGGAGACUCCAGAGAUCCAGAGAGAGGAGGUUAUUCGAGGAGACCUGAGUAACAUCAUGUUGAACCUGCUCAAUAGACGUGAUACAUCAGAAAGAAGCAUCACCAUCGAUGCAGAGGAGAGGGGGAACAUCAACACAACUGUCAAACAGCUCUUUAGUCAAGAUAGGGAUGUUAAUGUUGAGAAGGAAGAGAUCGUUAGAGGUGACAUACAAGAAGCCAUCAACAAUCUGCUGAAGAAGGACGGAACAGCAAAACAUGGUAUUUUAAUUCAGGAGGAUGAGAAAGGAGAUGUGAGGAUGACCAUAUACUCCCUGUUGAACAAGGAAGAAGAAAGUGGACUUGUAAAAGAGGACGUUGUUAAAGGAAAUGUCCGUGGGACUCUGCACAGGCUGUUGAACAAUAGUGAUGCCAAAGACCAGUCUAGAAUUCAAAUAAAUGAUACAGAGAGAGGGAACGUGAGUUUCUAUUCAACAUGUAUCGAAUCUGGGGCACUGGACUACCUCAGACAACUUCAGUUAGGGUCAGAUGAAACAUAUAAUGAAACAACUAAAGAAAAGAUUAUUGGAGGCGACGUGGAGAAUACAAAACUGAUCCUGAAGAACAGUCGUCAUGCAAUUGGACGAACUGUGGCUGAAGAUGAUAUUGUUCCUGGGGACGUUCACAACACAGUGCAAGUUUUUAUGAUGGAACCAGUCCUGUCUUUGCAUAAUAUCGAGAAGGAGGACAUUGUAAAGGGGGACUUGAGAGCAACCCUCGAUUCUCUUACACAGGCAGUGAAUCAGCGCAAAGUCGUUGAAAAAGAGGAGGUGGUCAAAGGCAACAUCAACACCACACUCAGAUCUCUGGAAGAAGCCCAGUACCAACUUAAAGAAAUGGAAAGACCUGAGAUUGUCCGCGGGGACAUCAGGGGUGCUCUUGAAAGUCUUGAACGAUCAACCACUGCUAAGACUGAAAUAAUUAUUGAUGAUGUAGUAGCUGGUGAUAUUAAGGGAACCUUGAAAUCCCUUGAAGAGGCAAAGCAGGCAGUAAAAGAGGUUGAGAAAGCGGAAAUUGUUAGAGGUGAUAUCCAGGCAGCUUUACUGAAUUUACAGGAAGCAUCAACUGAGAAAAAACUCAUUCAGCACCAAGUGAGCGAACAGGGUGAUGUGAAAGGUACCAUUCAGCUCCUAAUGGAACCAGUCUCCUCACCUCAUAUGCAGAGGAGAGCUAGCACAGAAGGUGAUGUUAAAAUGUCAAUAAAAUCUCUUUAUGAGCAGGAACAAACACAGAUAGAGAAGGAGGAGGUAAUCAAGGGAGAUGUUCAUGGAACCAUCAAAUGUCUUAUGAAGAAGAAAGAACAGUCCAGUCAUAAGUCAAAAAUAAACCCUUCCAGUAGAGUUAAAACUACCAAAAGUAUUUCACAGGAAGAGGCUUGUGAAUGCCCUGCUACACCUAAGGUUGAGCCCUCGAACCCACACCCUUCAAAAAACAUGCCCAGGAGAUCCGAAACAGGUGUGAGUACACAAAAGCAGACGGAGGUCAAAUCUGAUCAAAGUCAGGUCCUCACUCAAGGGAAAAGUUCUGAAACCAAACUUAUGACAUCAGCCGGCCAAACGGAGUCAUCCCAGUUCUCGCACAAGAUAAAUGUAAAAGAACAGCAAGUUAAACAAAAACAAAACCCUGGUCCUGUAAUCAUAAAGAAACAUGUGGGAAAACAGACAGAGGAGAAAAAAGCUGGAAGUGCUGUUGUGUGCUCUGCUGAGAGUGACACAAAGGAGACAAAGCAAACAACUGAAACCACAAAGCAAACACAAGAAAUAAAGACACACACACAGGUGCAGACUAAAGUAACAACAGAGCACACCACCAUUGCACAAAAGAGCACCAAGAAUUUAAAAUCAGAACAAAAUGUGAAGAGUUUAAAGACUGAGCAGAACAUCAAGAGCCUGAGCCGCAACCUGAAUCCAAAGGGAAUGAUCAAAAAGAAAUCCCAGCCAGAAAUUCACUUCCCCCCGCCUCCAACAUCUCCUCCACCACCUUCUGAGUCAGAGUUCUCUCUUCCUCCUCCUCCAUCUCCAGUCACAGACCCUUUCAGCUCUCCUAGUCCUCAUCUGGCCAUGAUGCAGGACAGUGAUCCUUCCCUUCCACCACCACCUCCUCCACCUGCUAUUGAAGCAGAGGCUGAGUUCUUUCCCCCACCUCCACAAGACUUCCUCCCGCCUCCUCCAUCGCAGCAAGAGCUCAACUCAGUGACCCAGCCAACUCCAGGAAAGCCAAAGAGUCGACCUCUAUUCAAAGUGCCUGCACCUGAGCCUCCUAAGCAGUCAGGACCACCUAAGGCUAAGUGGCAGAAAAAGCAAACUGCCCCUGCUCCCCCACCACCUCCUCCACAACCUUCUGUGCUUGAACAGAAGGAAAAAGAAGCAAAACAUUUUACUUCAGUCACAGAAACCAAAGUGAGGGAGAUAAAGCAUGACGAACAGGAGAAGUCACCCAUGAUGCCUCCUCCACCAGUCACUGAAAUUCCCUCAACAAUCCCAGUGCCCACAUCAGAGCCCAAGGAACCCCCUCGACCUAAAAAAGUAUUUAUUCCUCCAAUUAAACUACCACCACCCCCAGAACCUGCUACUGAUCCAAAGCCCAGACCUUAUGCAAGGAAAUUCAAAACACCACUAAUGCUGGCUGAAGAAAGAUAUCGCAAACAAAGAGAUGAAGCUGAGAAGAGUAAAAGUCCAACAUCUCCUCCUGAAAGCAUUCAGUUUCAGGACUUACAUGGGGUUAAUACUGAAGCAGAGUUGACCACAGAAAAAUUUGGACAGUCAGAAAUUACAGUUGAAGCACAGCAAGUAUGUCCUAGUGAACCAGAACCAGUCACAUUGCCCAAAGGGCCAGUUGCAGGAAUACAGGAACAACCUGCCUCAAAAGUGGCUCAACCACUACAAAAGGUUCCUACAACCUUUCAGUUGGGCAAACCUUCCUUUCCCAAUGCGGGUAAGAAAACUGUUGUUACUACAGAUAAAAAGCAAGUCGCCCAAGCUACAUCUGAAAUCAAAGUUCAGCCAACAUCACUAAUUCCUUCUUUGCCAGGAACUGAGCACCAUGAAAAUGCAAUGGCAAGAUCUCACACAACUACAUCCAAGCAAACCAUUACUCAUGUUCAGUCUACUCAGCAAAUUUCAGCACCUGUUCAGUGUCGAUCUACUGACUCUAUAAAAGUUGAAGAAACUGUAACUGAAGAAGCAAAGAAGGCUCCCCAACAACCUACAAAGAUCCCAAAAGUGGCCCCAAGCUUCAAAGUUAAAACAUUUAAGAUGCCCAAUCAGGAGAAGCUAGAAGAAAAGAAGGAAUCAACCCAGAAAGAGCAAAGAAUUACAUCUGAGGUCUGUGCAGAUCAGGUUUCCUCCAAAAUGGAAAUGCAAGAACAAGUACAGCAAAUGACCAAAGACACAAAGCUUGAGAUAGAUCUGAAGACAGCCAAACAAAAGCCAAAAAAGCAGCUGCCUGUUGUGGCACCAAAAGCAUCAGUGGAGAUGCAUCAUAUUGUACCAGCCAUGUCAAUGGAGGUUCAUCAGCAAGGGUCAGGAAAAACCACAGUUAUUCAAUCUCAGCAAGCUGUAAAGGAGGAACAUGUUGUGGUACAUGAAGAAAAGGUGAUCAGUCAGAGCUCAGUUCAGCAGCAAAAUUUUCAACAAAAAGGGAAAUUUCAGAUCAAGAAACAAAUAAAGGGUUUAGAAAUGCCAGCAGGUGCGGUGGAGGCCAUUAAACAGCAACCACAAAAAGAGUUUAGCCAGAUGGAAAUUAAGGAAACUGCAGUUGAGACAUCAGAUGUCCAGAAGUAUGAGGAGAUUCAAAAAUUGCUGAGUCAUAUCAAGGUGAUGCAGGAAUCAGGAGGGAAAACAGAUGCCAAGUCUGUCAAGAUAAUGCUGAGUAUGAUCCCAGAAUGGUUGCUAGGGACUGCUGAAAAGGUAGAACUAAGCCGUGCACAGUACAAUAAACAAAAACUUCAGGAGAUCAUGGUAUAUGUGAGGAACCUUGCUCAACUCAAACUUACUAUUUUAGAGGCACAUUUGGCUACACUGGAAAAGACUCUAGAGUCUAAGUCAUUAGAGGAGAAGAAAGUGGUUGGCGGCACAACGCAGAAAAUAUCAAAAAUAAGCAUUGGUUCAGCUAAAGUGGAAUCUCAAAAGAAAAUGAUGGACAAGACUGUUCAGGACAUUAAAAAUACAGAUAUCAAAACAAUGCCUCCAGAGCUUAGAAUGAGGACGCCAUCUCCAACGUAUAUUUGCAUUGAGACCGCCAAAAGGACAGACUCUCCUCUGCGAGUCACCCCCUCGCCUCCACCAUACAGAACAGGCGCCACCCCAACACCCCCACCUCGUUGGUCCGAAACCUCCACAAAUAUUAGCCGAGCUACACCCUCUCCAACUAUAAGUCGCUCAGAGAAGCUAGCCAAACUAAGAGACACAACUGCCAAGCUCUCUCAUGGUGCAUCCCCUCUUCCAAUGGCUAUGCCUGAGCAAAUCAUUAUGCAAGGUGAAAUGGAGGAGUCACACUUGUCCGGCCAACAGAAGAUGAGUUUUGAGACCCAGAUGAUGGAAUCAUCUAUGCUGGAGGCCAAUAUGGACUCCAUGAUGAGUGUAAAAGACAAGAGAGAGUUUUUUGAGGAAGCUCAGAGAGCAGAGUUGAACCGGCACUACAUGCGGAAAGAUCCUAUCGAUAUCCCAGAACGUCUGGGGCCUGAAGAGGACAAUGAGACAGAGAUCCCUAUUGACAUCCAUGACAGAAUAAAAGAGGACAUGCCCAGGGUCGACCUGUCCAGACUUGUCAAUAAGUUCGAGUCCCCAAAACCCAAAGUGUAUAUGAGGAAGGAUCCUAUUUUUAUUCCUGAGAGACUUGGUAGCGAUACUGAGGAUGCAGAGCAUGAACAAGAGAAAAAAUCUUCCCAGGCGGAAGAGAUGCCAUCCUUCGACAUCAAGGCCCUGAAGAAUGUGUUUGAAAUGGGUGACCAGGCCCACCAAUAUCUCAGAGAGGACAGAAAAAACCUUGAGAUGCAGGAGGAAUUGGCAGAACCCACAGGAUUCUCUGAGUCAAAGUCGGUUACAGAGCAUUACUCAACUGUUGAUGAAUUUGGUAACACAGUGGUGGGGUCAAGGAGCCAGAGUUCAUCUCAUUCUCAGAGUAUGACCACACGCCGCGAUCCGCCAACAUAUGCAGAUGUGGUACGAGGGAAGGUUCAGGUCCUGGACGUCCCACCUGAGGCUUCAGCAGAACAACUUCUGAAGAAUUUCCAGCAGUCCUGGGCGGACAGCGAAAACGUUUUCAAGAACCUGGGAUUCAGUGUCUCGGAACAGCAUACCUCUCAGAGUGUAUCACAUCAGCAGCACACUGUCAUCACCGAAAAUAAGAGUGCCAGACAACGAACUUUGUCGGGUAUGUCGGAAGAGGGUGUAUCCCAUGGAGUCUCUCAUAGCAGACAAACAAAACUUUCAUAAAAGUUGCUUCAGGUGUGCUCACUGUAACAGCCAGCUCAGCCUAGGAAACUACGCCCCUCUCCAUGGACGAAUGUACUGCAAAACCCACUAUAAACAGCUGUUUAAAUCCAAAGGAAACUACGACGAGGGAUUUGGAGAGAAGCCUCACAGAGAGCUUUGGAGUACCAAAAAUCCGAA